AUGUAUUAUUAUUGGUUGUUUGGUCUCAUAAAUUUGAUUCCUAUUGUAUGUUCCUAAUGCUCUUCAAAUUAAUAUGAUGAUGGAUUAGGUUAAUGUUUAGCUUGUCUACCCUAAUGUGAAAGUUGUAGUAAUGGAACAACUUGUGAUACUUGUAAUUAGGGAUAUUUUAAAUAAGCAAGUGAUUGUUUGAUUUGUGAUGGAAAUUGUAAAGAAUGUUCAGGAAAUUCAAUCACUUGUACUAAUUGUGAUACUUCAUAAAGUCUUUAUUUAAAUUAAGACUCAAAUACUUGCAUUUUAUGUGAUCCUCCAAAAUAUAAAGACUCAAUAAAUUGUGUAGACACAUGUCCUGUAUAUAUUAAUCCAGAUGACUAAACUUGUGUUACGACUUGUAUUACUGGUUGUUUAACUUGUUAAACAGAUUAUAAUUUUUGUUUGACUUGUGACAUCAAUCUCUAUUUAAAUACAGCUACAAAUAAAUGCGAAAAUAUUUGUGAUGUUAAUUGUGCAACUUGUUAAACAACUACAACAGAUUGCUUAACUUGCUCUAUUGGAUCAUACUUAGAUAAUAUUACAUAGGUAAAUGGAAUUUGUAUUAAAUGUAAUGAACCAUGUUCUGUUUGUUAGUCUCCAUCAAAUAUAGAAAUUUGCAUUGAUUGUUCAGUAAGUUAUUAUUUAGAUGGAUCAAAUUAAUGUUAAUCCUGUGAUCCAAGUUGUUAUGAAUGUUCAGGUUCAUUGGAUAUUGAAUGUACUUAGUGCAGUCUAGGAAAUUAUUUAUUAACAAGUGGAUCAGAUAAAACUUGUUAAUAAUGUGUUUUUCCAUGUCAAUAUUGUUAAUCAGAUACUAUUUGUGAUAGUUGUGAGUCUCAAUAUUUUUUGAAUGGAACAACUUGUGAUCCAUGUACUGCUCCUUGUUUUGAUUGUGAAACUUCAGCAACUAAUUGUAAAAAUUGUUUACCUGCUGAUAAUCGAGAGUUAAACAAUAAUUCAUGUAUUUGCAAACCAAACUUUUUUGAUUAAAAUAAUGGCAUUUUUGAAUGUUUACCAUGUGAUGGUAACUGUAAAACUUGUGUAGAUUCUGCUACUAAAUGCACGAGUUGUUAUGAUAAAUUUUAUUUAAAUUCAGAUACAUGUUUACCUUGUCAUUGGAAUUGUUUAACAUGUGAAACAUCAGAUACUCAUUGUUUAUCAUGUGAUGUAGAUACCAAUUUAAGAACCUUAACUAAUAAUUAAUGUGUUUGUAGUGCUGGUAAGUACUAUUCUGAUACUCAACAAAUUUGUACAUAAUGUGUAGAGCCAUGUCUUGAUUGUUAAAGUGGAAAGGAUUCAGGUGGAAAUGAUUGUAAUGGAACUUAAUGUACUUCUUGUAUAGCUUCAUACAAUAGAAUUUUAAAUGGAUCAAAUACUUGUAUUUGUAAAUAAGGUUUUUUUGAUGCAGGAGUUUUAGCUUGUUAACCUUGUGCAUCAUAUUGCGUUUCAUGUAUAACAAGUGAUAUAGAUUGCGAUAUUUGUUAACCUAAUUCUAAUAGAGAUAAUACUUAGAAAUGUAAAUGUCUUGAUGGAUAUUUUGGAUCAAAUAUUGUAUGUUAAGCAUGUUAAUCUCCAUGUUUAACAUGUGAAAUUACAAAUACUAGAUGUUUAUCAUGUGUAACUGGUUUAAAUAGAGUUUUAAAUAUUAAUGUUUGUGAUUGUGCUCCAGGAUAUUUUGAAACCUAAACAACUCCAAAAGUUUGUUAACCUUGCACAUCUCCUUGUGCUACUUGUAAACUUUUACCUACUUCAUGUUAUAGUUGUGUAAUUAAAUAUUAUUAGCCAACUGGUUAAUUAAGAUGUAAUCCAUGUGCUGUUCCUUGUGAAGAAUGUGCUCCUAAUGAUGGUACAAAAUGUACUACAUGUUUACCUACAUAAAACAGAGAAGUUUCAAAUUAAGUCUGUGUUUGUAAAGUGGAUUAUUACUAACUUGAUAAUACUAAUCCUUGUAUUAAAUGUAUUGAACCUUGUUAUAGAUGUGAAAAUAAUGGAGAUGGAACUCAAUGUGUUUAAUGCAAAGCAGGAGAUAACAGAAAUGUUGAUAGUAAUAAAUAGUGUCAAUGCAAUGAAAAUUACUAUUAAUAAUUAUCAUCAUUUACAUGUUUGAGUUGUGUUACCCCUUGUUUAGAAUGUUUAGAUGAUGCUGUUGGAAUUCCUGCAGAUGGUACUUAAUGUGUUACUUGUUAAACUGGACUCAAUAGAAUAAUUGAUUUAGGUAUUAACAAAUGUCCAUGCUAAGAUGGGUAUUAUGAAACAACUGGAGUUUUAGCUUGUACUUAAUGUACAUCUCCUUGUUUUGAAUGUACUGAUAAUGGAAAUGGAACUCAAUGUACAUCUUGUGUUUCUGGAUUAUUUCGAAUAGUUGAUUCAUAAAUCUGUAUUUGUCAAGAUGGAUAUUAUUAAGUUGGAACUAAUCUCAUCUGUAGUAUAUGUAAUUACACUUGUCAAAAAUGUUAUAAUGUAGAUACUGAAUGUCAUGUAUGUGAUUCUCUUAAACAUCGUAUUCCUAUUGGCUUUACUUGUAUUUGUUAAGAUAAUUAUUAUGAUAAUAUGACCAAUGAUUAAGAUUGUAAACCUUGUACUUAUCCUUGUGAAUAAUGUCACACCAAUAUAAAUGGAACUAAAUGUAAAACUUGUCUUCCAGGAUUAAAUAGACAUUAUUCUAAUUUUUAAUGUAUUUGUGAUGAUGGAUAUUUUGAAGAUAAUGGACUUUGUAUUAAGUGUAAUUAAACAUGCUUAACAUGUAACAAUUCAUAUUCAUGUUUAUCAUGUGACACCACUAAAUAUGAUUCAGUUUCAUUUAGAAAUGGUUUAGCUUGUCUAUGUAAACAAGGUUUUUAAAUGAAUUCAUUAGGUUAAUGUAUUCAGUAAUGUCCAAUGGACUGUUCAACUUGUAAUCUAAACACUUGUCUAUCAUGUAGUAAUAAUAGAGUUUUAUUAAAUGGAAGAUGUGUCUGUCCUUUAAAUGAUAAUACUAAAAUCUGUAGAACAUCUUGUGAAGAUAUUAAUUUUGGUAAAUUAGCCACAUCAUUAUCAUCUCCAAUUUCUAAUAUUCUACUCCAAAAAUUAAAUGCAAAUUCAUUAACACCUGCUACUAUUGUUUUCGAUAUAGCUCUUGAUUCCACAAUUUCUUGCUCCCUUAAAAGCUCACUCUAAUAAAGCAUUAUUUCAACAGAUAAAAAUAAUUAUGACACAAUUAUAUUCAAAUAAUAAGACAUUUAAAUUAAUCGGUAUCCUUUUGGAGAUUAAGCUUCUUAUUAUAAUUUUUUUAAAGAUAAUGUACGAUAUUUACUCUUUUAAAAAGAUGCUACAAUUUUAAAUUUAAGAAUGCAGUACUAAUUUUCUACACUCGUUGAUGGUGAAAAUAUUCAAAGUAAUACCGUACCUAAAUCUUCACUUAAUUAGUAAAUUAUUACCUUCAAAAUUGAUACUACAUAUUCAGUUGUUUUAGUAUUCACUUAUAAUACUAAUAGUCAUCCUACUAUUUCUACCACAAUAUCAAGUAAUGUCUAUUAAUUAAAUAUUUAAUUUAGCUCUUAAUAAUCUGUCAUUUUAUUAACAGAAUUUUAUGUCAACGGUGCUACCUUUAGUGCCUCAACAAAUACUUAAAUAAUAACUGUUUCUAAUUAUAUUGGCCAAUUAUAUUGGUAAGGUACUGCAUUUGAAUGUAUUCCUCAUCUAAAAAAUGCUCGACAAACUUAUUGGGAAAAUCAUUAAUAUUUACUCGAAUCCAUUCCAACUAAUUUAUUACCUUUAAAAGUUACAGAUGGAACAAAUUAUAUCGAUACUGCAUUUUCAUCUGGUAAAUUCUAAGCAAAUAGUGCUUUAAUAUAAUUAAAUAACUUGGAUAUAAAUUACUAAACUAAAUUUAUUUAGUAUGACAAUACUGGAUUUUCUUAUUUUACAGUUUAAUUUCCUGAUAUUUUAAUAUUUGGAUUAUAAAUGUUACAUUAAUUUACAUUCAAUCAAUUUACAAUCUAACAUUAUAUUACAAGUGGAUACUAAAUUAAUAAUUAAUAACUUACUUACACAAGUAUUUAUGGUUAAUUUAUUGGAUACAUGGUUGAUUUAUAUGGUACAACAUCAGUUAAAACUUUGAUCUUUGGUUAUAAUUAAGGUCAUAAUUUUAACGUAGUUUAAAAUGCUAAUGAUGUUCUUAUAACUGUGACUGGAACUAAUGUAAAAUAAAUAAAUUUUGCAAUUAUGGCUUUUGAUGAUACAAUUAUGAAUAAUUCAUAUUAAACUAUUUUUGAAUAGUUUAUUAAAUUGUUGAUUGUGUCUCUUGAAAUAAGUACUCGAACACCUUUAAGAUUUGUUAAUUAAUAUUGGAAAUUGAAUCCUUUAUCAAUAACUGGUACAUUUGAACCAUUAACUGAGUCAAUAGGAGGAUAUUAGAUUAUAAAAGGGACAAAUGCUAUAAAUAGUAAGUUUCCUUUUGAUCUUUCUCAUAAGAUUAGUACUAAUCUGAAACAAAAUAUUCUAUAUACAAAUGGAUAUUUAGUAAAUGGAGAUAUUGCCUUUGGUAAAUUAACUAAAUACUUUACAUAAGUUGAUAGUAAAUUUACUUUAGGAGCUUAAUUAAACAAUAUUUAAUAUUUGUCUAUUUCAAUGACAUCAACUGAUACAUUUGUAUCUUGUGUUUAAUCAGAAAGUUUGUAUAGAGAUGUAUAUGUAUAUAUAAGUCAAUGUAAAAGAACUGAGUUUUAAAUAUACCAAAUAUUUAUGAUUGAUUUAAAUGAAUAUGAUGGGUCAAUUGUAUUAUCAUAGAGUGAUACUGAAGUAAAAAUAAGUAAUAUUCAAAAAAUCAGAUAAUUAUAUUAUUUAAUGAUGGUAUCUAAAAGUUCCAAUAAUUUGAAUACAAAUUAAAUUGUUUAAGAUAUGUAUUAAGGAAUCUUUAAUUCAAAUGGAUAUUUUGGUUUUGAUUUUCAAUGUUUGGCAUAUAAUGAUGAUUUUUAAUGUGAUACAUAUAGAUCUGGAUAUAAGACAUCAUUUACAAGUGAGUUUGAUUCAACUUAAAAGUUAGUUAGUGAUGUAUAGAAUAUGAAUGGUAAAAAGUGCAAUUAUUUUAAUUUUGAUAAUGCAGUUACAAUUCUGAAAAGUAACAAAAAUACUUUAGAUGCUCAAAUAAGUAGUGAUAUUAUAAAUUCUAUAUUACCAACAGUUUAGGAUUACUAUUAUGAAUAUGAUGCUUUAGAAAUUGGACGAUUGACAUCAUCAGCAUAACCAGAUAAAUAUAUUUUUGCUCCAAAACUUGGAUAAUAAGAAGUGUAAAUGAUUACACCUAGUUUUUUUGGUGCGCAAUCACAAGUUUAUCAAUAUACUAAGAAUAUGAUAUCAGUGACUUUAAUAGAAACAAAUAUUGAUGAGAUUAUUAUUGACAAUAAACUUGCUAAUAAUGAUAGAGGUUAAAUGAAAUCUUUUUUUACUUAUUUCAGUACUUAUGGAAUAGUAUAUCAUUCUUUUUGUGUUAAUACUUUUGAUACAUAAAUAUUUCCAAAUACAUUUGAAUGUUUUCUUAGACCAUUGAAUUCGGAAUUCGAUGAAAUUACUAUGUAAUUAACCCCACCUCUUUAGGAUUUAAAGUAUAACAUCAAUUAGAAAAAUAAUAUACUAUUAGUUUAUAUGGUUUUAGCAGAUUUUGGAUAAUUACCAACAUCAGAAUAAAAAAUAUAAUAAAUUAGUAAGCAAGUAUAUGAAUAAAUUUUAAAUUCAGUAUAAAAUGAUUAAUGUAAAUGUUGGGGUAGAUACAGAUAAAAAGAAAAUAAUUGUAGAUGUUAAGAUGGAUAUUAUCCACCAGCUGAAACUACUUUUGGAUUAUUGGAUUGCACACCCUGUAAUUAUAAAUGUUUAACAUGUUAAUUUACAAGUACAUAAUGUAUUAGUUGUCCUUUAAAUUCAAAUAGAAAAUUAGAUUUAGAUAUAUAUAGUUGUGAAUGUAAGGAAGGUUAUUUGGAAUUAGGAGUAAUAGUUUGUAGUCCAUGUCAUUAUUCUUGUGGAAUUUGUUAGACAUAACCUAAUAAAUGUAUGGAUUGUGAUGUUGAUGAUCAUAGAACAUGGGAUAAUAUAAAUUAUUUAUGUCCUUGUGAUGAUGGAUAUUAUGAUGAUGGAAGUAAUUCAAUUUGUGUAAAAUGUGAUCAUAGUUGUAGUAAAUGUUCUUAAGCAGGUAAAGUUUGUAUAGCAUGUGUUACAUCAGUGUUUAGAACUCAAUAAGCAGAUAAUACAUGUCCAUGUGAUGCUGGAUAUUAUGAUGAUGGUGUAAAUUCUUUAUGUUAACCUUGUGAUUAUACUUGUUAUACAUGUGUAGAUACAGCAACAAAAUGUACUGAUUGUAAAAUAAAUUCACAAAGAACAUUAUCUAAUAAUAAAUGUAAUUGUAAUGAUCACUAUUAUCAUGUGAAUUUAAUAUGGGAUUGUUAAUAAUGUUCAUAAUAUUGUAAUAAUUGUAGUGGACCAGGGAGAAAUGAAUGUGUUGAUUGUUAAGGAAUAUAGAAUAGAAAGAUAGUAGGUACAAUUUGUGAAUGUAAGGAUGGAUUUUUUAAGGAUAGUUUAGAUUCAGCAACCUGUCCAGGUUGUGAUCAUUAAUGUAAAACUUGUAGUAUAAUGAGUAAUUAAUGUUUGAGUUGUGAAUUAACAUAUAAUAGAAAUUAUGAUUCAUUUAAUAAGACAUGUAAUUGUAAGGAGGGAUUUUAUGAUGAUGGUGUAAAUGGAUAAUGUUAGCCAUGUUCAUAUAGAUGUAAAACAUGUUUUGGAGAUGUUAAUAAAUGUACAAGUUGUCCAUUGAAUUCAAAUAGAAGAUAUGAUGCUGUUACAAAUACAUGUAAAUGUUAAUCAUCGUUUUCUGAUGUUGGAGUAGCAAUAUGCAUGAAAUGUCAUGCCAGUUGUUAAGAAUGUCAAAAUACAACAACUAAUUGUAUAUCAUGUAACAUAAACAAAACUUUUAGAAUAGAUAAAAGUACUAUAAAUAAUACAUGUCCUUGUUAAGAUGGCUAUUAUGAUGAUGGAAUGAAUAUGGUUUGUAAGUUAUGUCAUCCUUAAUGUAAUACAUGUUCUACAUUUUCAGUAUGUACUUCAUGUAAUAUAAUAUAUGGAAGAAUUGAUAAAAGUAAUAUCGAUAAAACUUGUCCAUGUAAUGAUGGAUUUUAUGAUGAUAAUAUUAAUAAGCAAUGUUAGACAUGUCAUUAUUCUUGUAAAACAUGUAUAGAAAAGAAUACAAAAUGUGUUACAUGUAAUAUAAUUAGUACCGAAAGAUCUAAAGUUCUAGAUUCUUGUCCUUGUAAUUCAGGAUAUUAUGAUACUGGAUCUGUAACAUGUUCACCUUGUGAUUUCAAAUGUCUCACUUGUAAAUAAACUAGUACUUCAUGUACUUCUUGUCCAACAAGUAGAUAAGGCACAGAUUGUUCAUGUAGAAUUGGAUAUAUUGAAACUGGUGCUAAAGAAUGUUAAGCCUGUUAUUUUAAAUGUGGAUUAUGUACUUUAGCUAAUUUAAAUACAUGUUUAUCAUGUAAUCUAAAUAGAACUAAUCCACCUACUUGUGAAUGUGAUACUGGUUAUUAUGAAUCAAAUAAUCAAUGUUUAUCUUGUCCUAAUAAAUGUUUAUCAUGUGAUACGACUCCUACCUGUUAUAAUUGUAAAGGUGAUCGAUUAAAUAAUCCUAUUUGUAAUUGUCCUGAAGGAUAUUAUGAAGAUGGUAUUUCUAUCAAUUGCACUCUAUGUUAUGGUUUCUGUGCUACAUGUGAUAUUGAUAAAUGUAGCACUUGUUAAGGAAAUAGAAUCUUAUAACCUAAAAAAUGUGAUUGUCCUACUGGUUCUAUUAGUCAUCUUGAUACUCCCUUUUGUUCCAAUUGUUAAGUUGCUGUCAUCUCAGCUUAAUUCACCUCUGAUUUAAGCAUCAUUUAUAUUACUUUCCCUUUUACUGUACAAUUUCCUUCUGUCAAAAAAGUUUCAAAUUCCUAAGCUUGUUAAUUAAUAUUCUAAUCUGCUACUUAUCUCAGUUUAGGAUAAAUUCCACUUUGUUCUAUUGUUCAAGGUAAUACUCUUCAAAUUGAAUUAUCUGAAGGCAGUACUAUCACUACAAAAUUUACUAUUGAUUUUAAAGAUGAUUUUAUUACUAAAACAGGUUGUAGUGAUACUAUCACUUAAUUUAUAUUAACUAGUUUUACCUAUAAUUCAAUAUAAUUAGAUCCUAAAUUUGAUCUCACUUCCUAUACUGAUUAAAUCACCAUUUGUUAAGAUAUUCAAAUCGAUAUUCUCAAUAAAUAUGUUGAUGGAAAAAGAGCUUUCACAGAAGUUGCUUGGACUAUUGUUAAUAUGAAUCCAUCAAUUUAAUCUGUUGCAUAAUAUCUAUCAUAACUUUUAGCAGAAGCCAAUGCUAACAACCAUCAAUCUAUUUUGAUUGCUGCACUCUCACUUAGUGAAUAUGGCACAUAUGUUAUAUAAUUAAAAGCUAAAAAUUUUAGAGGAUAAAUACAUACUGCAUAAACUACUAUAUAAACUGCUUCAUAUGAAGCUCCAAUUGUUCAAUUAGAUUCAAAUUAAUAAUAUAUUUUUGGUAGAUGGGAAGACUUAUCAUUUACAAUCUUACUCAAACAUUUAUCUUGUUACUCAAAUUAAGUCAUUGAAGUUUUUGAUGCUCUCAGAGUUAAUUGGACAGAGAUUGCUAAAACACCAAAUGAUACUUAAAGCAUUCUUAAAGAAUCAGUCAUUUAAGAAACAGAUGGAAUGACAUUUUUAAACACUUUGUAAAUUCCAGCUUAUACUGCUAUUAUUGGAUCAACAUAUACUUUAUGUGCUACUGUAUCAUUAACUAAUAAACCAAUUAGAACAUCAAUAUCAUUUACAAUUACAAUUAUCAGUAGUCCAAUGUAAGCGUAUAUUUAAGGUGGAACAAGAACCUAAUCUUUUAAUGAUUUUGCAUUUCUAAAUGGAUUCUGCAGAGAUCCUGAUUUAGAUUAUCCUUGGAAUAAAGAUCCCGAAAUCACUUUUGAAUGGAAAUGUAUAAAUCUGGCUACUAGUGAAAGUUGUACGGAUUCAAAUAAAGAACCUUUAGAAUUAAAUAAGACUGACUAUUCAUAGACAUAUAAACCAAGAGUCUUAGAUCCCUAUUAACCACUUUAAUUUAUUAUGAGAAAUACAAAAAAUACUGUUGUGUUGAUAACUUAAAUUAUUCUUUUGGUUAUUGAAAAUGAUUUACCAAAUAUUUAAGUUAGUUAUCCAUCAGGAUACGAUAGUAGAGAGAUUUUAUUACAUGAAGAACUCAAUUUUACAUUAGCUACAUCAGUUGAUCCUGAUUCUUUAAAGUAUUUCUGUCAAAUUGUAUAUAAUUACAAUAUUGUGGCAUCUUUUACAUUUAAGUUUUUAUAAGUUAAAUUUAGAAUCUGGGAUUAUUGGGAAAAUACUGAAUAAUCUGUUACAGAAAUUUAAAUUAAAAUGGCAGCUAAAGAUGUUUAUCAUUUCAUGCCCUCUAGUGCUUCAGUUAAUUUAUAGUUGAAUAUACCACCGAAUGAUUGUAAAUUUUCUAUAACUCCAUCUUCAGGAAUAUCAAUUGCUGAUCUAUUUGUUUUAUCUGUUUCUAAUUGCUUUGAUUCAUAACUUCCUUUAUAAUAUUAAUUUCAUAUUUAUUCAAGUUAGAAAACAUUAGAUAAUGAUAAUUUAAUAGGUGAAACAAUAAACAAAAAGUCAAUAACGGACAAAUAAUCAAGUCCUUAAUUACAAUUAGUUUUGCCAACUCCUAUAAAUCCUGAUAAUAGUAUUGCAUAUGAAUUAGUACUUGUAGCAAGUAUUUUUGAUAAUAAUAAUGGAAUGAAAAAUUUAACUAAAACAGUUAGAGUGAAUAGUAUUUAUCGAAAAAUAGAGAAUUCAGACUUUUAAUCUAUUUUACUAUAAAUAAAAAGAGCACUUAAAUUAAGUGAUACAAUAAAUGAGUCAUCUCUACCUUCAUUAUUUAUUGGUAGCUAAGAGUUAUCAACUUUAUAUAAUUAAUUACCAUAAGAGAAAAAGUUAUAAAUGAAAAGUAUUCUUAAAGAGAUUUAUGCAAUUUUAUAAUCAUUUUAAGGUAAAAUGACAAGUAAAAUUUUGGAAGAAUCACUUUUAUCAUCAAUAGCAGCUAUUGGUAGAACUGGUAUUAAUUACGAGAUUGAUGGUGCUGAGGUUGUUGAUUUCUAUACGAUUAAAUAGCAAAUAAAAAAGACAGUUAAAUAAUUAAAUAGAUAAAUAAAUGAUUUAGAUUAUUAUUUAAAAUAAAAAUCAAAGUCAGGUGGGUCAACUUCAAAAUUUGAAGAUGCAAUUAAAGCUUUAGACAAUACUUUACUUAAUAGUGGAUAUGUUACUGAUACAUUAUUUAAUGCAAUUAAAUCAAAUUCAUUUUAAGGAGCAGAUGUUACUGAUUCUGAUGUUAAUUUAUUAAAAGAAUAAAUCUAAUAAAUAAAUAAAUUAGUAGCAAUAGCUACAUUAAAGAGAAGUUUAGCAAAUGAAAAGCCUAGAUAAUUUGCUGGUUAAUAAAUGGGUAUGUAGGCUUAUAAAUCAACACCUGCUUAAAUUGUCUCAGUUUUAGGUAAUAAGAUUGUUCCUCUCUUUUUUGGAACUGAUGUUACUGUAGAAGAAGAUAUUAAAGGUUCUGGCAAUAAUGAAAAUUUGAAUUUAGAGGAGGAAGAAGAUGAAAUAAAUUAUGAUGAAUAUCUUUCAAUAUUAAAUGGAACUAAAAGUAAAAAUAAUACAAAUAGCACUAAUACUACAACUUCAACAAAUAGUACAAAUAAUACAAAUACUACAAACAACACCAAUAAUACAAAUGGAAAUAGAAGACUUCUUUAAUUUGUUGAUUGGAUUUAAAAUAAAAAUAAUAUCCAUUAUUUAAGAAACUUAUAAUAAAUAGAUCCAGUUACUGUUAAAUAAUAUGAAGUGAGUAUGUCUAAUUAUGCAACCAGUCCUAAUUUAAAUGAUCCUAAGUUUUCAUCUUAACUUGAAGUUAAUUAGACAACUGAAGUUUCAAAUUCAUCAAAUAUAACUCGUGAUUAAUCCAUAGUCAGUAAUUUUGGUACUAUAUAACCAAAUAUCACAAUGACGGAGAAUGGUUAGAGUUAAGAAAUAAAAAGUUUAGAUGGCUAAACUAUUAAAUUAUCAUUUUAGGCUCCUUCUGAUGUUAAUUCUAAUGCAACAAUGGAAUGUUUCUCAGAAGCUAAAGAUAAAUGGGAAACUGGUACAUGUAAAACUAAGAAAGAUGUAGAUGCUAAAGGUAAUAUUGCUUAUAUUUGUGAUUGUGUUGUAGUUAAUCCAACAACAGUCAUAACAAAAUUGGAUAGUUUUAUCUCAAAUAAGUUAAGUUCAGUAUUUAAUGCUGAUUCUUUUAAUAUCUUCUUGCAAAUUUAGUUUUGGAAAUAUGCAAUUUUCUAUAUUGCUAUUGGAUUUACAGGGGCUUACGUUGCAUUAAUGGUUUUGGGAUUAAAAAAAGAUAAUUAAGAUUUCAUUGAAGAAAUCAGUAAAGAAUUGUAAACAAAUGAAGAUAAUAAUAUUCCUGAUAAUAUAAAGAAUUUGAAGAAAUAAAUAAAUGAUCUUAUAAUUGAAGAGUAAAGUAAUGAAAAUUCGAUGGAAGAUAAAGAUGAAAGAUAACCAGUUGUAAGAAAAGAAGAUAUGAAUAAGUUAGCAUUACUUACAUUAAAAGUAUAAAGUGAUCUAGAGUUGAAAAAAGAUGAAGAAGGUCAUUUAAUUAUUCCUGAAGAAGAGAAUAUUAAUAUAUUGAACUAAAGAGAGAUUCAAAGUUUACAAGUUGAAAGAAAUAGAAAUAAAAUUAAUUUUAAAUAAGUAUAAGAUCAAUUAUAAUAACAUUAACUUUAUAAUGCUGCUACAAGUAAAUAAUAGGGAAAAGCUACAGAAUUACAAAAAGUUAUUAAAAAUGUGUACUCAAUUUAUGAUUUAAAAUAUGAGUAUGGUUAAGAAAUCAAAUUAAAACCAUUAACUUUAAAAGUUCUUUGGGAAGGCAUAUUAGUAAAUAUAUUAACAUAUAUUAAAAUUAGACUCUCCAUAGAAUAUUAUCAAUUUUAAUGUUAUAUGAUGAUGUAAUUAGUAGACCAGCUAGAUUUGCUUUGGUUUAUGCUAAAACAAUAUUAGUAUUAGCAUUAUCAGCAUUAUUUUCUGGUAACAUGGGACCUGUAUAUGGUACAAUGAUAUCAGUUGGAAUCGGUUAAGUUAUUAAUGUAAUUUUAUCUAUAAUAACUGCAACUAUGAAAGCAUCACCAAUACUUAAAUUUUUAGGAAUUUUAUUUACAAUUGCUAUUUCUGGUAUUUGUUGGUUUAUUGUAUUAAUGCUUUCUGCUAGUAUGGAAGAAAUUUAAGUAUUUUUAUUUAUCAUUAAUAUAGGCAAAUUUAUGGGCAAUUUAAUUUGCAUCAACAUAAGUUAUUGAUAUAAUUAUGGUUGAAUUUAUAACUAUUGCAAUAAAACUUAUGUUAUAUCCUUGGGCAAUCAAGGCUCUUCAUGAUCCAGAUUAAAAUGCUUCAAAAAUUCUAGCCAAUUUAUUAUUUAUUGCAGUGGCUUAACCAUAAAUUUCAAAAUUCUUUGAAGUAGAAGAUAAGAAGGAUAAGAAUUUAGAAGCUUGAAAUUUAUAAUAUUAUAAGGA